AUGAAUGUUAGCGACUAUGAUAAUAAAAUCAACACUUUGCUAAAUGAUUCUUCUACUUAUCAACUCAUGAAUAACAACCCUACGCAACGAGUGAAUCGGGAAACUCUAGCUUUAAUCAACAAACAUAAAGAUGUACUGCCAUCAGACGUCCAUAAGCAUCUAAUACAGCCUAGAAUAGUGCAGCCACCUAAACUGUAUGGUUUGCCGAAGGUCCAUAAAGACAAUGUCCCACUCAGACCCAUAGUGAGCCAAAUUGACUCACCCACGUAUUACCUGGCAAAACAUGUUGCGAAUGUGCUGCAACCUUUAGUGGGUCGUACAACAUCUCACGUGAAGGAUUCUCGACAUGUCGUAAACAUCUUAAGAGACACUAGAGUUGAAGCGGAUGAGAUCAUGGUCAGUUUCGACGUCGAUUCGCUCUUCACCAAUGUACCCAUUAAAGAUAGCAUAGAUGUCAUAAAGGUGAUUCUGAGUAAAAAUAACAUCCCGAUGGAAUAUGCCAAGUUACUUGAACACUGCUUGGUUACGAGUUACUUUCUGUACAAUGGUCAGUAUUAUAAACAGAUUGAUGGCGUGGCUAUGGGAAGCCCUGUUGCCCCCGUAGUUGCUAACAUCUGGAUGGAACAUUUUGAAAACAUUGCCAUCACAGCCACACCAUCACCAGUUAAACUGUGGAAAAGAUACGUAGAUGACGUUUUUUGUAUUAUGAGGGGUAACCAGGCAGACAUCGAGUGUUACUUGUCAUAUCUCAACAGCAUCCACGACAAAAUAAAGUUCACCUGUGAGGUAGAAAAAGAGAGGAAACUACCUUUUUUGGACGUUUUAGUUAAGGUUCGACCGGAUGGAUCACUCGGCCACUCUGUGUACCGGAAGCCAACUCACACUGACAGGUACCUUCACGCGAGCUCACACCAUCAUCCACUACACCUGAACGCUGUAGUGACGUCACUAGUGAAUCGAGCCCAUGAUCUUUGUGACAAAGAUCACUUACCAGGUGAACUCGAACAUUUGUCGAACGUACUGCGGCGGAAUGGAUAUGAUGGAAAGCUGAAAGCACGACGACACAAACGGAACAGGCCGAUGGAGGUGGCGAGACAGCCUGCUUUUCUGCCGUACGUCAGAGGGGUAACUGACAAACUGUCGAAAAUUUUGAGCAAAUACGCAAUAAAAACUAUUUUUACCCCUGACAGUAAGAUAGCACAAAAACUGCGAUCGCCCAAAGACCGUAUUCCGUUUGAAACACCCGGUGUCUACAAAAUCAACUGCAGCUGCGGCAGCUCGUAUAUAGGACAAACCAAGCGCACCAUCACCAGUCGCAUAAAGGAACAUAUACGAGCUGUUAAAAACAACGAUCCUCAGAAGUCGGCAAUAGCUGAACACCUUUUGGACCCCUCCACCAAUCACUGGAUUGAACUUCAUAGUCCCCAGGUACUAUCGACAGAACGCCACUACAUACCAAGAUUGGUAAGAGAAGCGAUUGAAAUUGCUAAAUGCAAAAAUUUCAAUCGCGAAGAUGGGUUUAAAUUGUCGAGUGCCUGGAAUCCAGUGAUCCAGUAUUACAACAAGACUGGACAGCAACCGACUUCGAGUACGCGCACAAAUGUGGACACAAUAAUUGAAGAACCUACUUAA